AACAGGAUUUUAUCCUGCUUUCUUUUUCAUCAGUUCUAAAAUUGGGAAUAAAUAUUAAAGGCUUACUCAGCUGGACUACUACUGAUACCUUAAGAUCGUAUCAAGAUACUAGUUAUGAAGACUCUACCGUGUACUUGUAAAAAGGAACCUAAUGGAAAUGUCCCCUGCCAUCAUUCCUAUGGUUGCCAUGGGGACGAACCGCCAGAUACACAGUAUUCAUGUGACAUGCAACCUGCGACGGAGAACGAAUCUCCUGAGACAACCGCGUCCAAUCUGCCUGAGCCAGAAUCAAACCAUAAUCAAAGCCAAACACCACAAAGAACUCUCUCUGAUGGCGCAACCAAAGACAGGGAAGGAGAAGAAGCUAGCCAGAGUGAUAGGUCAUUCCUUCAGGACAGUGGAGGAUAUCAGUGGUGUUUGGACGAUGAAUGUGACAAAGAAUUGAACUUAAGCCUAAUCAUGGACCAGAACAUCACCACAAUAUCGCCUGAUCAAGACAGCUUAAACUACGACCAAAUUUCCUUGCAUCUGGAUGCCAGUUUGGCAGAAAUCGACAUGGAGACGUUUCGCUCAGAGGACAUAAAUUCUCUUCUGAGCCUUCCGGGUGUAUGCAGCAUCGGAAGUGACGAAGAAGUUCUCUCUCUCGUAGAGAACUGCACUACAGCCUCACAUACGUUUGCGAACGGCUUUGAAUUAGAACGUUCUGUCAGUUCUCACAGCUUGUCAGAAGAAGAGUCUGCAGAAGGCUUCAUUUCUAAAGAUGAGCCACUUUUCUCUCCUGCGAAAGAACCAUUAAAUGCUAACAAUACAUCAGUGGAUAGUAUAGACUACACGUCUUUGGACGAACAGAAUAUCGCCGUUACCUGUCAAGCUAAUAAAAGUAAUUAUACUAUUGCAUUUGAAGGGAGCGGGACUCAGCUGUCAGAUGAUUCGGACGUUGCUUUGGAGAUGAAACAAAACAAGGACAAAGUUCCACGGCCAAUCACCGGUUGUCAUCAAUCCAAGAAAAUGACUUACAAUUCCACUGUGCAGCAUGACUUGUCGUACACAACCUGGGGAAAGGUGAAAAAUUAUAAACAGCUGAUUCGCCCUGCACUCUAUGCCAAGCCUCAACGUUCUAGAAGCAAAAGUCUUCCAAGUCUGUUUAAACGCUCUUUAGUAUUGACAGACAAACAAUUUGGCGAAUGGGGAUUUAAAAUAAACCCGGUUAAACGCGUUCCUGUUUACGAGCUUCACAGUAGUUGUUAUGGUUCUCUCCAAGGAAGUGACGCUAGAGACAACAAACAUUCUGUUCCUUUGUUCAAAUUGUUCAUCAAAAGCAAAACUUCCUUGGGUUCAGCGUCAAGUAGUUGGUCUGGAUCUGUAGAAAGCAUGUUAUCGUAUCCUGCUAUUCACUCCAACGAAAAUACUAUUGACAAUGAUGAGAAAAAUGUACGAAAGGCCAGAGGAGUACGCGGUGUAAAAGCCCACAAUCUCCAGUUUGAAAAAACCCGUGACAAGUAUAUAAGUGGUCCUCUACAUUUAAAUCAAGUUUCGAAUUGUAAUAAUCAAGAAACAGAAAUCAAGGUUUCUAAGAAUCUCAGAAAACGACCAUCACAGCCAACAACACAUGUUCAAAAUGUCCACGAACUUAAUAACAACCUAAUACAAACAUUUCUUAACAACAACACUAGUGCAGCUGACAAAGAUAUGCCUAAGAAUAUUAAUCGCAAACAAUCUUCGUCAGAGAGUGAUGACAGUAGCUCUCAGUAUUUUGAAGAUAGUUUAGUAGACGGUCCUUUGAUACAACAUACUCCCACGCAUUCUUCAACUAUCAAAGAAGAAGAAAACGAACAACUAGACACUGAUUCGGUUAAUGGGGAUGAAACCAUGAGAGACAGCAAAGAUCCAUUUGGCAGUGAUAACAGUACAUCGGAGGAGGGAACUAUUACCAAAAACAACGCUAUGCAACAUAUACCAGAAGCGACAAAAUACGUGGAAGAAUUUAAUACAGUAAAGAGAAUUAACAACUAUUUUCGUGGUGGAAAAACAGAAAAGAAACUCAUAAACAACAUGUGUGUCACACAUGAAAGCAACAAGCUCUUAGAAAAAUUCAUCAAGCUGGUUCCAGAAAACAGUUCCCAGGGUACUCAGACAAAGACUCUGAAUAGUAGUGAGAAAUUGCCUGAAUAUUUUUACAGUGAAGGAAAUUCCUCCCAAUCUAUUCCCAGUCUAGAGGAGAUGUUAAAUAACAGUAGACAAAGUCGCAGAUGUAAAGAGACCAGUCCUUUUUCAAGUGGCUACAGUGGAAACAGGCAAACGUCAAUAGAAAAGUUACACUACAAAUCCCAACUUUUCGUCAACAACAAUUGUGCUUCUCCUGUUUUAAAGCGAAACACAAAUGUAAAAAUUGUCACAACUAGGAGCCGUGGUACACAAAUCCCAGUACAUAUCAAAGAUCAAGCCAUACAGACUUCAUUAAUAUCUACCAAUAGUAAUCUAGGAAGCUUUAAUGUACAAGAAACUUAUACUGAUUCUUCAGGAGAUAAAACUGGCGAAUUAUUUCCCUCACCUCUGUCAUCCAUAAAUUCAAAAUUUUCCAACACUUCGAGUGGUACAAGUUCCGAGAAAAAGCCAGUGUAUGUUUGUUAUCCAAGUUAUUCUUUGCCUGAUCUCAGUUUUCUAAAAAAUCUUAGACGUACACCAGAGGGAAAAGAUUUGCUGAGUACUGAAUCAACUGAUAAUUUACCUGCAACACAAACCGAGGAUCAUAGCAACCGACAUAGUAAUGAUGAAAAGGAAAGACCUGUGUCUGAUCGAGAAAGUGUUGAAAUGGUAACACCACAAAAAUUUAGACAUAUAAGAGACUGGGACUCGUUAAGUGUUUUACUUCCCUCAGAGUUAAAAUCUGCUAUUCCAAGCUAUCAAACAAAGACAAGCGACGAUGAUCAUAAAUUGAAGGAUGACAAAGGAUUUCACUGCAGAUGUUCAAGUGAGAAUAAUCAGUGUUGUGCUGAGCAUAACAAAAGUCAAAAUCAUCAAGAACGAGAUUUUUCUUAUCCCGGUGAAAGCUUUUCCUCAACAACUUCAAGUUCACGGGAUAGUGAACAUCCAUAUAGUGAUAAUACAUUGAGAAGGCAGCGCGGAGCAGCAGGAACCCCUUCAGAGUUACCCAAACGUUCUAUCUCCUUGCCUUUUGAAAAAGCUUAUUCAGAGAGAAGUCAAAGUGGUAAUAGUUCUAGACGAGGCAUUUUGAGAAAAUCCUUAUCAAUAGAUCACUGUAACCAAAAAAAAGGUCACGAGAGACCUGAUGUGGCAAAUCGGGGAAUAGCCUCUCAGUUAGACUUUCAUGGACGUAACAAAUUCGAUCACUACACCCAAUCCUUAGAAAAUAUUCCAGAGAAAAUCCCACAGAUUGAAAGUGAAAUGUAUUCAGACAAAUAUAGAGAAACAGUGCAACACCUACAGAAAGAAUCGUACACAGACCGCAAAUCUGUCGAAAUUACUAGUAAUAAUGAUCCUAAAACAACUUCAGAAUCUUCAGAAAAACAGGGUUUUGUCAAUCCAGUAGCAGAAACCUUUUCAGGUGGACAUUGUCCAAAAGGCCACUCCUUUCAAAUUCUCUCACCAGCACCAUGUCAAGAUACUACAAAAUUAAAAUACACUGGAGUUACCUCAUGCUUUUUAAAACAUAGCAACAACUUAAAUAUUGAUCAAAACUAUCCGUGUGGGAAUCAUUGUUGCUCUUGUAGUCUUAACUCCAUCAAGUCUCCAAUAAACCAGCUCUGUGACCAACUCCAACAGUUACUUAACUCCAGCACAAGUCUGAAUCUGAUGGCAGCAGCUCUAUUAGCCACAAAGGAAUCAACAAAUGAAAUCAAUUCUUGUAGUUUUUCUUCAGAUUGUAGCGGUUCACGAGUCAAAAAGUCUGUCACUUUCCACGACGACAACCUGGCUGUUGAAGCAAAUGAUGGUGUUACGAAAGAAAACAUUGUUUGUAACAAAGAGGUCCCAAGAGAUGAACCAAUCAGCGACGAGGACUCUGAAAGUCCACCAGAAGAGUUUGUUGUAUCACCGCAACAGGGGUCGUCUAUGACUUUCCCACCUUCGGGUCUAAAUAAUACUCCACGGCUCGCAAGCGCUAUGGCACUGAAAUUGAAACAAAAAACAGGAUUGUUGAAGAAUGUUACCAUGGCCGUUGACCUGCUCCUAAGUCAUGGAGAGGAGCAAGGAAACCAAAAACAAAAGGUACUAAAAUAUUUGUGCCCAGCUUUAUACAACGUCUUAGAAAACGGACUUCUUUCCUCUGAUAAUGGUCCAAAUUUUGUCGCUAACUCACCAUGGAAAGUAGCGGAAUCAUCUUCCCAGUUUGGUCAUCCGACCAAAGAACUUCAAGAUCUUGUUAAGUAUAUUGCUGGGAAGAAUGACAUGGUUGGAAAUACAUGCAGAUUCUAUAUGUUUGUUCUGGGUCUUCUGAAUCUUGGGCUCGUGGAUUGGUGGUUUCUUCACGUUACUUCAUGCGAACCUUUGAUUCGUCAACAUUAUCAACCUGAUGCUCUACUUAGUCUCCUGGCUUCUCCGUUAUCUACCAAUUUGUGCGAGAUACUAUUAACCAAACUCAGGCCACUUGCUGCCUUACCAUUUGCUUUGGACUUAAAAGUCAGAAAUCGAGAUAUUAGACAAACUGAUAACGAGUCGCCUACAGCAAUCAUACAUACUACAGAACAAAAACCCCUACCAAUAUUCAUGACGCCUAAUAUAACUCGUAUCCCACCGUUUGAAACUGGUAGUUAUAACUGUGCUUUGACUGAGGAACCUAAGGCAUCGUCAUUGAGACGAUCCAGAAAAACUAGUGAGGUUGGAGGUUUGAAAACAGAAUUUAUGGAUGACAAGCUUUCAAAUGUACCUUCGUUGAAGGUCGACAAUCAAAACCAUAAUGUUUUUUCACGUAAAGGAAGCGCUGCGAUUAAUGAAAUUUCAAAGUUAAAAGACCUCGAACACCGGCAUAAACUUGACAAUGAAAAUUCUAUAGAGUCUUUUAAACAUAUAUUGCCUUUUCACAGCAGAGGAUAUAUCAUUGAUGAACAUUCAGAGAAGAGGCUAACUACAGCGCUGAAUACAGAUCCUGCAAAAGAAUUAUUCCAGAGAGCAGUAAAUCUUGCCUUUCCUUCAACUAAAUCGCAUGAGACGGAAUCUCAAAAGCUGCAAAACACAGCAGGAGAUAAAAACUCCAAUAACAUAAUCCAAGGUAGUGACUUGUCUCUCCGCAACAUUCAAGUGAAUCGGCAAAAUAAUCAAGAUUGCAUGGACAAACAUUUAGAGAAUUGUAAUAAAGUUGCACAAACUCAAAAGAUCGAUGAAAUGGGAAACUGCUUUGAAGAAUUAAAACGUAAAUGGGAGCAAAUGUCAUCUACACCACGUAGUGUAACGCCAGUUCAUACUACAAAGGUAACAACCAUGCCCAAGCAGCCUCCUGUAUUUCCGCCUUCACUGACCCAUCAAGAUUUGAAGAAAUCCAAAGCUCCCACAAGGAUGCCACAACAAACGACAUUACCAAUAAAAGUAAUAGAUUCACUGUCACCUGACUCUCAUGUAUCUUCUCCUUCCCAAACACCUUCUAGUCAACAACCCUUAUCAGUUGCUUCAAGUACUUUCAAAGAGUUAAUUUUGAAAGAACAAAGGGAAGAUCUUCUUAAACAAACUGUUAAAAAGUCGAUGCCUCGUACAUCUCGUGGUCCAAAACAUCCCACAGUUAAGCAAGUGGCGAAUUCAAAUGAAACAUUAAAUACUUCUGUUAAGCAACAGAACGUUGCUUCGGCACCUAGUUCUCCCAGUCGAAAACCUCAUCAAAAAAGAUCUUUGGAUAAAAAUAUAAGCUCAGGCUCCUCCAGUCCAUCAAGCACAGGCAGAAAAAAUAAUUGUAAAAGCGAUUCCGGAACCACUGGACCCAAAAGUUUUCAAGCUCGAAAAUCUUUUAUUCCAAUACAGAGAGCAUCUCGAUCGUCACCGAAGCAGCAGAGGAAAAAAUCUCAAAAUACUGUACCAUGUUCUUCUCGAUCUUAGGACGAAAAUGUAGAGCCCCAGAAGGUACAUGUUUGGACCUCAGAAGAAUAACCUCUAGAAGAAGACUAAUUCUUGUACACCAAAUUAAAUAACUGUAUAAAGGUGAAGCUAUAAAGGACUAAUUUUGAAGUUUGAGGUCGAAUUAAAAGCUCACAAGGGUAGUAAAUUGUUUAAUUAGAGUUUUUUUGUCGAAUGAUAUUAAUAACUUAACGAUAUUUAAGUCAAUGUUGUUUCAAUUAUGUGUUGUAUAAAAUAGGUCAGAUGAAGUUAGCUAUAGAAUCAGUAAAACUAGUUAGUAGUUUAAGGAGGAUCGAUUUAGCUGAAACUGUCUUCAAGAUUAAUCGACUGGUAUUUCUAUUGAAAUUAACAUUUGUAAAGAUAUAUAGAAGUCACUAAAAACCAUUUGAGUCGUUCCAAGCCAAUAAGCACUUGUAUACGCAAUGCGGUCUUCUAAAUCGAUCCCUCAAGCACACAUAGUAUUAAACUACAGGUGCAUGUACACACGUACAUUCAAAGAUUAUUAACAUUAUCAAGAAUUUAGUCUAACUUGAACCACAUAUUUAACACUAGUGUUAAGCAACAAUGAAUUAUAUACAACAAAACUUUGACAAAUUCACUGACUUGAAUUUUUUUUCACCUAUAUACACCCCAUAAAUGUGCAGACAAAUUUUGUUAUACAUUAUGUCAGAUAAGAUAUGGUUCUCAAGAAAUUUAUAAGUGUACGCGUAGUAAUAUAUAUAUUAAUAUCAUUUCACACAAAACGACGAGACUUUCACCCUUUGUGUUAAAGUGUUGUAAAAACCUUGUAAAUGUCGACGAAUGAAGUAAGGUAUGUUGGGAACUCAUAUUUUAUUGAUAUGACUAAGAUGUAUGUAAGCGAUAUUCCGUAGUAGACAAAGCAUGGCAGUUACUUGCUUAUUCAAUGGCAUCGAAUAUAAUUUGAAAUAUGACAAGCACUUUUAAAAUGUAAGAUCAUUGGCAGUGGGUAAUCAGCCAAUCAUAUUAAUCCUUUUUAUGUUAGUCUACCAAUCCGUGACAACUUAAUCUCAGAGGUUACCAAUUCGAAGCUUCAGCUGCCAACAUGAAACAUGUAUCAUGAUCUGGAUUGAACCUGACCCUCCCAGGUCGCGCACAACGACCAAAAAACACCGAUACAGACCAGACAUGCAUCACAAGGACGAACAAAGUCGAGCGGGCCUGUCUUUUAAAGCGACAAUGUCAUCCUUUAUAAUGUACAGGACAUUUGGAAUAAUGUUUUCCUUAACUGCUUGCUGAUUAACAUGACAACAGAUCAAAUUAACCAUACUUAUGUUUACUGUGUACUUUUGAAAUAGUUGAAUACAAAAAAAAUACCCCAAAAAAACGUUUACGAAUGUUAUAUGUAUAUUAUGCACUGGCGGUGAGGACACCUCUUUACAAGAAUUGGGGAAUGGCGGGCAUUUUAUGUCUAGAGCGGUAGAAUAUAAAAGUACUGAAAGAUGUUAAAUAUUAUAAGUGUGCUUUCCAAAUUAACAGUAACUCUUUCUCCAAGAAGCUGAAUGGUUUGGAAUUUGAUUGGCUGCUAGCAUUGCGGUACAUAUAUGGAUAUUCAGCUGUCUUCAUUGACAUUGAUUUUGCGCUAUUUGGAAAGUGAAUAAACUAUCUUAAGAUACUGUAUACCAGGUAUAUAUAUAUAUAUAUGCACUGUUUAAUAUAAAUCCAUUUGAGAAGAAAUGUAUUAAUUUUUCAACUGUUUAGGUUCAUACAGCUUUCAAAUGCCCCCCC